GUGGUGCCACGUGGUUGGGAGCAGGGCAAUUUCCUGUGGCCGGCUGGCGCGCGUGGCUGCGCCGGGGCUCCGCGUUGGGCCCUCGCUGGGGAGGAGGCGAGCACGAUGGCCCCCAAAGCGAGGAAGAGGAAGGCAAAGGAGCCUGAGGCAAAGGCUGUGAACUCCGAGGACCUGAAGGCGAAUGGCAGUGCCGAUAUGCAGCCAAAGAGGUCACGGGGUGAGGGAAGUCAGGGCCCGGGCCCACGUGUGGUUAUUGAGCAUUGUAAGAGCUGACGAGUCUACGGGCGCAAUGCCGAUGCCGUGAGCCAGGCACUGCGCCGCACUGUCACCAACGUGGUGGUGGUGAUCAACCCCGAGACACCACGCAGGAACAGCUUUGAGGUGUCCCUGGUGAAGGAGGAUGGAAGAACGGUGGAGCUAUGGAGCGGCAUUAAGAAAGGGCCACCUCGCAAGCUCAAGUUCCCUGAGCCACAGAAGGUGGCUGACAUGCUGAAGAGCAGCUUGGUCUAAAGCAGAGAUGCAGAGAGCUGGGUCUGGGACCCAUCCAUUCCUUACGUGGACCGGAGCAUCCAUGAUGAGGCAUGAUGAAGUGGGGGGACAGGCCAAUGGCCAAACCUCAGUCAUGUCUCUGAUGCCGCAGCUCUUCCCACGGGGAGUGGUGGGCCAGAUGAUGCCAUAGUGUCCUUCAGUUUUGCUCUGCUCCCACAACCAUCCUCUGGCCUUCCUUAGCAGAUGAUCUUUCACUGGUUUGUGGUUAGACUUUUUUGUAAUAAAGUUUC